ACAGCUACACUUUCAUCUCUUUGAGGUCUCUGACAUCGGACGGGAGAUAGACUCCGGAAAAUGAUCACUGUUUUGAGUCGCUCGGAUAACUGACCGCCUAUCUUUUUCAGUGAGAAAUGGAGAAGUUGCCCGUUAGAGAGAUAAACACCUUUUUGGUUUAGUAGUGUCUCCAACCUUACAACACAUCUGUCUGCCUGCAGCAACUUUGAAGUAGGUGCAAGUGCCAAACCCUUAAAAAGACGUAAACAAAUCUACUGCUCCUUACAAGAAGGUGAGAAAACCAAGUUGCCAUGGGAAACCAGUUAACAGAGAUUGCCCCCAACACACCGUUCCUGCCUAACUACCAGUCUGUGCAUGUUGUGGUCAUCGGUCUGGACUCUGCUGGCAAAACAUCGCUGCUCUAUAGACUGAAGCUUAAGGAAUUUGUGGAAACUAUCCCAACCAAGGGAUUUAACACAGAGAAGAUAAAGGUUCCGGUCGGCAAUGGCCGUGCCAUGACUUUCCAGGUGUGGGACGUUGGUGGUCAGGAGAAACUUCGGCCACUGUGGAAGUCCUACACGCGGCGCACAGAUGGCUUGGUCUUUGUAGUGGACUCCUCAGAGGUAGAGCGCAUGGAGGAGGCUAAGGUAGAAUUGCACAAGAUCACACGCACGUCAGAGAACCAAGGAGUGCCGGUGCUGGUGUUGGCUAACAAACAGGACCUUCCAGUCGCGCUGGCUGUUUCUGACGUGGAGAAGGUUUUGGCUGUGCAUGAACUGAGUGCCUCCACCCUACACCAUGUGGAAGGUUGCAGUGCAGUGGAUGGGCAGGGGUUACAUCUUGGUUUGGAAAAACUCUAUGAGAUGAUCCUCAAAAGAAAGAAAAUGGUGAGGCACAGCAAGAAAAAAAGAUGAGCAGAACGGGACAGCAUUAAGACACGGUUAUUAUGAAGCUCCUCAGGGGACCCUGUAUUAACGUAGGAUUUUGCAGCGAAUCCCUGAAUGAAGGAAAUGCUCCAGAUGGCCCAGUGGUCAGGAGAAAACAGAUUUGACCUUUAUGUGACAGUAUUGAACUGCUUCCUACCAUGCCUAGUAUUUGCUGUGCAGCUCCCCUUUGUAAUCAAGGAAUAUGUGAUAAGAUUGAUAGGAUUUAGUUUCACCAGAGUUUAAGCCUAUGUCCUUGCCAUUUUUCUUUGUUUUUUCAAGCAAGAAAGAGACUGAAUCAUAUAGCUUGGCAACAUAUUGAUUUUCUUUCAAAGGAACCUCACAAAGGCAUACUUUUCUUACAUAAAGUAUGCUAGGUUGAUUGCCAGUGCCGAUAUUAUAAAGGACCAUAAAUAUUCACAAUACGGUAGCUGUGGAACUGAAGUCUUAAGCGAAUAUCUAACUACGCUACUCACACUUGUGAGAUCUAAGUUUUUGUCGGAACACUUGUUUGUUUUUACAUGCUGUAAAUAGUUUUUGUAAUGUUGCAGAAUAAAUAAAUUAUAAAUUGCCUUGACACAAUCAGUUCUUCAGAAUAUCU